AUGUUUCGCACUCCCAUAAGAACAAGAAGUCUAACACGCGCAGAGCGCGAUGCAAAACCUGAGGUAAUUAGAGUGUCCAAGUCUUCGCCCUCGCACUCAACGACUAUUCGACCAGCAGACACGACGUUCGUUGCUGGCAGCAGCCAUAUGGAAACCUCGGCGCACACCGACGUGCCGCACCCGCUGCCAGCGCACAGCAUGGUAUCUAAAUCCUCGUCUGCCAUACGGAAAAGGUUAGAAUAUGAGCGCGCUAAAGAAAAGGCCAAGAUUGCUAACGAGUUGUUAGAUUUGAAGUAUGAGGCUGAACUAGCCAACCUAAAGUCAGAAAAAUACAGUUCACACCAAAGUGGUAAAAGCUCACGUCACAGUUCCCGCAUUAGCAACGCCAGUAAGAGCACUCGUCAAAAUGUUGAAGACUGGAUGGAGCGUAGCGCGCGAGAACUUGAUCCGUUGCAGCCCGCCCCCGAGGAUGAUGAUAACCUGGGCGACCGCAACCAGCCGGCACCUCCCCUCGCCGACUCUAAUGGUACUAUCAAGUUACUCGCAGCCGCAGUAAAGAAUUUGACGAUCGCCUCCACUAAAGAUAAGUCACAUGCCAACAUUUUGAGCCGCAUAUGUACGCCGCGAGAUUUACCGAAAUAUUCCGGCGAUCCGCUCGAAUGGCUGCAAUUUAAACAAGCGUUUGAGGAGUCAACUGACGUUUGUAAAUUUACCCCGAAGGAAAACUUAUGGAGAUUACGUAAGUGUCUGCAAGGACAAGCAAAAGAAACCGUGUCAGCCCUGCUUAUGACCGCCGCCUCUCCUGAUCGUAUUAUGGCGACACUUGAACUUCGUCACGGCGACCCCGAGUGUAUUAUAAGCAGACUCAUUCAUGACAUUAAGAAGCUUCAGACCAUGUCCCAAGAGUAUCAGAAAGAUAUUGUCAAUUUUUCUGUCAAAGUUCAAAACUUUGUGGAGUCUGUGAAGGCAGUGGGGCGCGAGGAGUACGUGCAAGGGCUUAGCAUUGUCCCAUUGUUAAUAUCGAAACUACCUUCAGUACUCGUUUCAAAGUGGUCGGAUUAUAGCUAUCCACUAAUCAAGGACGGAGCAAAGUCACGUUUGAAUAUUAUGUCCGACUUUCUCAACAUGGAGGCUCUCAAGAUUGCCACGACCGCCAACGUUCAUCUACAAAGUUAUCGCCCUGAGCAGAAUAAACAAAAGCAACACGAUACUACUACUAAAGUUGCACCGAAAGCGCAAGCAAUUUUAUUGCAAACUGACCAACGCGACGACGAAGGGAAGAACGAUAAGUGCCUCUUUUGCCGCACUCAAUGUCACAAGUUGCCUGACUGUAAGAAGUUUAAACGCGCUUUACGUAAAGACAGAUGGCGCCACGUUAAGAAGUACGGACUUUGCUACAAAUGCAUAUCGCAACGCCACGAUCGUGAGACUUGUUCUGCGCCUGCGUGCGACAAGGACGGAUGCGGAGGUGCACACCACAGUCUAUUGCACUACGUAGACAUCAGCAAAGAUGGCAAAGCUUCCACUUCGCGCCCGGUUGACGUUAACGUCAGCGCCUUGCCGCAGCCCGAGUCAACCUCAGUCACGGAGUCACCAUCGAGUUCCACAAUACAGUCAUCGUCUGUAACUGAAGCUGCGACGUGCUCUAUAAAUACUGAAAAGCGCGUACUAUUGAAAGUAGUUCCUGUCAACAUUCACGGACCGAACGGCGUGUUUAGUACGACUGCAUUUUUGGACGACGGGUCUUCAGUUUCGUUAUUCAGCUCCGAGUUAGCAGCGCGCGCCGGCCUCACCGGCCGCAACGAAUCCAUGCGCGUGUGCGGCGCCUGGAAAGACGACGAGCUUGUGCACGAAGCAACUGUACUGACUUUACGUAUUUCUAGUGCUAGUGGUAGUAUACAUGAUUUAAAUGUACGUAGCGUUCAACAAUUGAGUAUACCUGUACAAAAUGUUAACUUAGUAGACUGCGACAAGUAUGAGCAUUUGAAAAAACUUAAAACUCAACUUCCUUUUGCUAAGAUUUCUAAGCCAGAGUUGUUAAUAGGUCAGGACAAUUAUAAUUUACUUGUGCCUUUAGAAGUAUGCUUAGGGCCUGAUAACGAACCGUCAGCUACACGCACCCCCUUAGGUUGGUGUGUCCAUGGGCCGGUACAUGUGCCGCGCGCGUCGCGGGCCGCACGAUCAGCGCACGCCACGCUCAACCUCUGCGUAGUGCCUGAGGAAGACGCCGUCGCGCACGCACUGCGUGAGCUACACGACGAGGUACGCCGCUCGUUUGCGAUCGACUCUUUGGGAGUUGCAGGUAAGCCUAGAGAGAAUGCUGACGAUGUGAAAGCGCAGGAAAUGUUAGAGAAGUCUGCAGUGCUCACCAAUGGCAGGUGGUCAGUGGGUCUUCCGUGGAAAGAUCCGCACGUCAGCUUGCCCGAUAGUUACCCUAGCGCAUUUAAGCGGCUACAGGGUGUAGAAAAGAAAAUGCUAGCUGAUAAAGCUUAUGGACUCAGGUACGAGGAACGUGUCAACCAUUUGUUUGAAAACGAUUUCGCACGGGAAAUGGCCGACACGUCACUCACGCCUAACACAUGGUACUUGCCACAUUUCGGAGUUGACAAUCCGAACAAGAAGAAGCUGCGUUUGGUUUAUGACGCAGCAGCUAAAAGUCAAGACCAGAACGCCCUCAGAUUCCUGUGGAGAGGUAGGAACCCCACAGGCCCAGUGAAGACGUACGCGAUGACGUCGCUGAUUUUCGGCGCGAACUGCUCGCCCUUUAUUGCCCAGUACAUUAAGAACAAGAACGCUAGCAGUAUUGAUAGUCUGCCGGAUGAAGCUACCGCCAUCAGUAUGGUAAAGAAUAUUCGUGAUAUUCACAGUGCGGGAGGUUUCGAAAUCCGUAACUGGACGUGUAAUAGCGCAAAUGUGCUCGACACUAUACCUAAAGAUAUUUUAGGUAAUACAGCUGUGAGGUUUGGACUGGACGAUCAUGACGAAGGUGAGCGCACUCUUGGACUGAUUUGGUACCCUGCCAAGGAUGAACUGGGGUUCGAUGUGUCAUUCAAGCGCAUUCCCGACAGCGUCAUCAAAGGCGAACUGAGACCUACGAAGAGGGUUAUGUUGCGUGUUAUUAUGUCAAUUUUUGACAUUUUUGGGUUCUUGUCACCAUUUACCACACAAGGCAAAGUUAUGUUGCAGGACGCCUGGCGUCUCCAUAUCGACUGGGACGAUAUUAUUCCAGAUGAAUUGUAUAAAAAGUGGUGCAGUUGGUUGGAAUUACUGAAGGUUAUUGGAGAAAUUCGCCUGCCAAGAUGGUACCAGUCAUGCGCUGCCAGGUGUAAGAUGGGCGAUGAGUUGACCACAACUUUACCAAGCUCUUCCUUUCAUGCCGUGACCGAGCAAUGCUAUAGUGACUUAGAACUGCAUUUAUUCGAUGACGCCUCACUUAAGGCAAUGUCAGCGGUUGCGUACUGGCGUUGGAAGAGUAACGAUCAGAUAUGUGUCGCGUUUGUUGCCAGCAAAAGCCGAGUAUCUUCGGUGAAACCUCAAACUGUGCCGCGAUUGGAACUUCAAGCUGCGUUGCUAGCAGCUCGACUCGCUGACUCAAUAGCGAAGGCACAUCGUUUGCCCGUCACACGACGAUACUUUUGGUGCGAUUCGAGUACGGUGCUACACUGGAUUGGCAACAACACUCGUCGAUACAAGACUUUCGAAGCUAAUAGAUUAGGCGAGAUCGACGACCUGUCACAAGCCUCUGGAUGGAGGUAUGUGCCAACAGGACUGAACGUGGCGGACAUUGCUACAAGAGAAACGUUCAAUUAUCAGUCUUUUCUGAAUGAGUGGUUCAAGGGACCCGAGUUUUUGUACAGCGAUGAGACUUGUUGGCCAGCGAACGUCCUGGAACCCGAAAAUGAAGUCGGCGCUGAAGCUUGCAUGACCGUAGUAGAAAACUCACGUACUUGUUUCCCGGUUCCUGACCCUGAGCGCUUCUCCUCGUGGCUACGAUUCAUGCGAUCUACCGCUUGUGUUCUCAAGUUUGUAAAUAAAUGCAGAGGUAUCGCACUUGACGACUACGCCCUGAUGGAGCAAGCAAAGCAGUUAAUCCUGCGCCAAGCUCAAGAAGAUUCCUUUGCCAGUGACAUACAAGCAGUAAAGGCAGGAAAAGACUUGCCACGCGAUAGUCGGCUGCGAAAUCUAUCUCCAUACUUGGACGAGAACAAUGUUUUGCGCGUGAGUGGCCGCAUUGAUGCUGUUUCUGACGUACCUCAGGAAGCGAAAAGGCCCAUUAUUCUUGACGGACGGCAUCCUACUGCCAAGCUUUUGGUCAAGCACUAUCAUGUGAAGGCUGCCCACGGACACCAAGAAGCGGUAGUAAAUGAUUUAAAACAAGAAUUUUGGAUAAUUCACUUGCGACCUACCGUCAAAAAUGUUGCGUCUCGUUGCAUGCUCUGCAGGUUAAGAAAGGCUACCCCACAGGUGCCUCGGAUGGGUGACUUACCUCAAGCGCGCAUGGCGCAUCAUCAACGUGCCUUCACCUUUUGCGGGAUCGAUCUGUUUGGGCCCAUGGAAGUCACAGUAGGCAGACGUCGAGAAAAACGUUACGGCGUUUUGUUUACUUGCCUAACAGUUCGUGCAGUCCACAUAGAAGUUGUUCACACACUAACUACCGACUCAUUGAUUAUGGCGCUUCGACGAAUGGCGUCCCGACGCGGGUGGCCGUCGCAUAUUUAUUCCGACAACGGCACGAACCUACGCGGAGCAGACGUCGAAUUGCGAAGAUCCAUACAGGAGCUCGACGAAGAAUCACUUAGAGCCGAAGCUCUUAACAAUCAAGUUCGCUGGACUUUUAUUCCGCCCGCCAGCCCCCAUUGGGGUGGGGCGUGGGAGCGCUUGAUUCGGACCGUAAAGCGAUCUCUUCGUGUCAUUCUAAAAGAACGAGCGCCCCGAGACGAAACUCUAAGCACUCUUCUAGCGGAAGUAGAAGGUAUUGUCAACGGUCGACCACUAACACACGUGUCAGUAGAGCCGGGCUCCUCUGACGCGCUUACGCCCAACCACUUUCUUAUAGGCUCUUCGUCCAGGUUACCAAUACAUGGCGUAUUUGACGAUUCGGACUUAGCCUUAAGGAAGCAAUGGCGAAUAGCGCAGCGAUUGGCCGACAUGUACUGGAAGCGGUGGAUGAAGGAGUUCCUCCCGCUUCUGUUACCGAGAAAGAAGUGGCAACAGGAGCAGAAGCCACUGAGUGUCGGGGACCUUGUGCUUGUGGUUGACCCAGACUCGCCUCGAAACGUGUGGCCACGAGGCCUAAUUAAAAAUGUCCUACCGGGAAAAGACGGUCGCAUCAGGGUGGUCGACGUCAGCACCGCUACCGGCGUGCUGCGCCGGUCUGUGGCGCGCGUGGCUCCUGUACCUACCCUAGCUGAUUAG